AGUUCGAGAUCAGACAAGACAAUUGACACUCCAACACGCGAACUCGCCGUCGGAACGCUGAUCCGCCAUGGUGUUCAUCAACGGCUUCAGCUUCACGGAAGCGACGCUCGUAAAGCGAUCCCUCGAAUCUUUCUUUGGCAUCGGGCCCUCGGUCUCGCAGCGCAUUAUGGCGAAAUUCUACAUCCACCCGUGGGCGAAAGUCGGCAGCUUAAAAAACGCCACGGUCAUGGAUCUGACAGCGGAACUGGCGAACAUGAAGAUUGAGAACGAUUUACGGCGGCAAGUGCAGGACGACAUCCGGAGAUUGAGGGAUAUGGGCACAUAUCGUGGAAGGAGACAUGCUAUGGGCUUGCCUGUGAGGGGCCAGAAGACAAGGACACAGAUUGCUACUGCGCGACGGCUGAACAAGAUGGAACGAGGCGGUAGUGGAAGAGUGGGACUUUAAGGUGUAUGGAAGCCUGUACAAGUGUAUAAUACUGUAUGGUGCGCGGGCACAGACUCGUGUCUACAAUACGCAAUUAGAAGGGAAACAUAGAUUAACGACACAACUUUAUCGAGUAUAUCGGGGGCUUUUUCUUAGUAUCUCCAUUGGAAAUGAGCCUAUGCUUCGACAGUGUUACUACUACGGAGUCCAGCAACGCGGGGCCUUGUCUCAUUGUCUCUGCGUCGAAAACACGAUCUGUGAUUCAGAGACAGCGUAGUUGUGCAGACCUGUUCCCGGUCUCGAUCUCUUAUUCGCAGAUGAAGUCCAUCAGUGCAAGUAACUUGCAAGUUGGCUAGU